AUGUCUUUGUCGUCGGACGAAACUAGUGUUGUUGUUGCAAUUGACUUUGGUACAACAUUCAGCGGGUUCGCAUUCGCGAAUAAGGUCAAACCCGAAGACAAGAAAUGGGGCGAACAAGCCCUUGUUUAUGAACCAUCUAAAAAAGCUCGGGAAACCGAAAUACACUACAUAGUCGAAAGGUUCAAAUUAUUUUUGGACGACGAGGCAAUAUGUGCAGAGCUUCCUAAAUUGCCAAGAAACAUGGAUGCAAAAAGGUUUAUCGCAGAUUAUCUUGGCAAGCUGAAACAUGUCAUCGAAGAAAAUCUAGAAAAACGAUGCGGCGUCGUGCCGCUAUCACAAGUUCUGUUUGUGAUGUCCGUACCAGCAGAAUGGCCUCCUCGUACCAGAGACAUCUUACGGGAAUGUGCGUACAAGUCAGGCUUGCUUAGUGAAAAGAGCCAACAAAAUCUGGAAUUCACAACUGAACCUGAAGCAGCAGCAAUUUAUUGUCUAUCGUCGAUAAACGAACAUUUGUCUGUCGGAGAUACGUUCCUUGUUGUGGACUGUGGAGGUGGAACGGUUGAUUUGACGGUGAGAACACUUCAACCGGAUAACACAUUAGAAGAAGAGACGGUUAGAUCAGGUGGUCUCUGUGGUUCGACAUGUAUAGAUCGAGAAUUUGUAAAAUUCUUAGGACGCAUGGUCGGUCUUAGAGCCCUAAUCACUUACAAGAAACGGUAUUAUGGAAACUUGCAAAAGCUUAUCUAUAAGUUUUUUUGUGACGAAGUUAAAUUACCAUUUACUGGUGAUCCAGAAACAUAUGAGAACAUUGAAUUGGACAUAGAAAAGCAUUGUCCAGAUUUGAUGAAUUUGGUUUGUGAUGAAGCAAAGGAAAGGCUUGAAGAAGAUGAGUGGGUCAUCGAUUUGGAAUUCGAAGACGUGAAAAAAAUGUUCGAUCCGACAAUUUCUAAAAUCAUUGCUUUGAUCAAUGCUCAAAUAGAAAGUCUCCCAAAAAAUAAGAUCAAGGUGAUGUUUUUGGUAGGAGGGUUCUCUGAAUCCGAAUACUUGUAUAAGCGUAUCAAAAGUGCCUUGAUACAUCUUGUACCAAAAAUUAUAGUUCCUCCUCAACCAAUAGCAGCUAUCGUAAAAGGUGCUUGUUAUUACGGGCUCAACAAGAGUAUCAUUAAAGUAAGAGCCCUCAAGUGGACGUAUGGUAUAGAGGUCUGUGACAAAUACAACCCCCAUCACGAUCCAAAAGAACUUCAGUUUACAGAUAAAGUCUUGAGAUUUGAUUCUUUAGCUUCUCAAGGAGAGAGGCUUAAAAUCAAUGAAGAACGUCUUAGAGAAUAUAAGCCGCUUCGAAACGAUCAAUUGCAUUGUACGUUGAAACUAUUAUUCUCAAGAUUAUCGAAUCCUAGAUAUUCGAAUGAAAAAGGUGUACACACUCUUGGGCAAAUUUUUAUCAAGUUCCCUUUAAAAAGUAUGGGACAAGAACGACCUAUAAAGUUGCAUAUUAAAUUUGCGGAAGAAGAAUUAAACGUAACAGCACGUAAUGUAAUCACAAAUGAAGUAUAUCAUGCUACAUUCAUUUAUCCAAACGAGAUUUAA